AUGGCAAUCACAACUCGAAGUGGGAAACUACUUCAAGGAGAGAAUGAACAAGUGGUCGAAGUAGAAGAUUCUCAACAAGAAGUUGAGGCACAAGUUGAGGUGCCAAUUGUUGUUGAAGCUGAAAAACUCCCAACAGAGGUGAAAAUUCAAGAAAUGAACCGUGAAGAGGCUAAGGAAAAGCAAUUAUCGGUGAACAUUCUAUUUGUGGAAGCAUUUCAAGAGAUGUCGGGUUUUGCUAAGUACUUGAAGGACUUGAUCACUAAAAAGAAAACCACCAAGUAUGAAGUGGUGAAUGUGACUCACCGGGUUAGUGCCAUCAUUGCAACAACCACCGUCCAAAAGAAAAAGGACCCGGGAGCCUUCAUCAUUCCAUGCACUAUUGGGUUACGCAAUUUUGCACGAGCCCUUUGUGAUAAUGGGGCUAGCAUCAACUUAAUUCCUCUUGCUAUUUACAAGCAAGCGGGAUUAGGAAUGCCUAGGCCUACAAUUAUGAGGCUGCAAAUGGCCGGCCGUUCAGUAAAGAGACCUGUGGAAAUUGUUGAUGAUGUUCUUAUGAAAGUGGGGAAGUUCCUCUUCCCUUCCGACUUUGUUAUCCUCGAUUGUGCUGUUGAUAAAGAAAUCCCUAUCAUCUUGGGGAGACCAUUCCUUGCUACCGGUAGAUCACUCAUGGAUUCGGAAUGA